GACCGUCGCCCAAGGAGGGGAUGGGACAGGGGUGGGAGCUCAAGGGAGAACGCUUAUGAGAUCGCAUUCUGAGUGCAUAAUUACACGUCCUCAUUGCGGCCGCUUUUCACCAUUUCUCUGCCAUGUUGCUAUUUUGUCUCAUCAUACUCCAGCUUCCUGUCGAGGUUCUUUAGUCGCCGAGGCGCGACCAGCGGCCUCGUUAUUCUCAUCAUACGGAUACAUUCCUUGCCAACAUAGCGUUGCGCUAGUCUAGACGGAGAUUCGACAAGGCUAGACGGCGGCUACAUACACCUUGCGUCUUGGAUUCUCCUGUCGUCGGAUGGUGUGCAAUCAGAGCGCGCAGGAUGUGUUCGAGCACCGAAAUGCUACUUUGUACCAACAAGACAGGUAGAUGAUUAUCUAUCCUAACAAACGACCACCAGACAGGCUGACGGGCCAGGCGGCGGAGAAACUUUGGUUGGUCACCGAAAUGCCCAGGUUCCGCAGUCUUGCCCUUCUUGUCUGUCUCUUCCACUUCCCUUCUAUCUCUGUCAAAGAUCAACCAGGUUUAUCCUGUUUUCCAUUUGCUUGUUUUUUUCUGUUUACGGGACACUCCCAAGGCGAGACUUGUUACAGCUACAGUGGAUUAGCAUGGCCUAAUCAGAAGUUAUGCGAGGGUUCCAACGCUUGCUGCGGAGUAAAGGAAGAUUGUAUGCCGAACCGACUGUGCAAAAGUCAAAACCUUCGGGAUAAUAUCUUGGUUCGAGGACCUUGCCUGUCGACUCCGUGGGACAGGAGUAAUUGCGCACAAAUUUGCGCGUUCAAUGAGACAACUAUCAACACAGGCUUCGUCACCAACGUUUUCCCAAGAGUGGAAGACUGUGGUAACAACGCCUACUGCUGCAUGCAGGGUAGCGAGUCGUGCUGCGACUCCUCGGCAAGAAAAGUGUUUCUCGACGAUAAUGGAAUUUUGCUCUCUUCUGCCCCCAGCCAAACGACUUCUUCGAGUGUGGUGAGUUCCAUGGAAGCAACUUCAACCACUGCGAGUUCCUCAGAAACGUUAAGUGCCGAAAUGUGGGGGGUGCCGAAAUGUGGAUGCUUUGACUUAUCUGCAACUAUUACUUCCGCACCCACACAAGAUCCCGCCGAUGGUUCCGACUCUGGGGGCAACGAAGCGCUCGCACUCAAAGUUGGACUAGGUGUUGGGAUUCCAUUUGCUGCAAUGGUGGUGGGCUUGGCCACCUGGCUGAUUACUAGAAAGCUGCGCAAGAAGGACGGCAAUGUCUCUGAGCAGGCUGCUUCCAGCGCAUACGCCCCUGACGAAGGCUACGACGGAUAUCUAAAAGGAUCGACAUAUCGAAGCAGUCCGUACGCAUCCUACCGGGAUUCGAGUCUCUCGAGAUUGAAUGAGAUGCAUGAGAUGCCGGGGAGGCCAGACGAAGGCUGGGAUGGGACUCCGCGCGAACUUGCUGGCUCUGAGGUGCGGGACGGAAGGAAUCGCUAAGGUGGCCAAAAGAAAAUGGCGUAGAGAAUCGGGCGUUGGUUAGCGAAUGAUGUUUGAAGAAAGUAGGGUUUGGGGUUGCUUCACACGACGCGUUACGACUUCGAUGGCGCCGUAUAUGCUAG